AUCUUUUGCACUUAACUUUGCUCUAGUUCAAACAUGGCCGUCAAUUUUGGCGAGGAAAUGGGGGGUCGAUAAUUGUAGCAUUUUUCUUUUAUUAGCUUUGUUUUACCGUUAUAUUUACUACAUGGAGACUUACAGAGUUUUAAAGAAACAUUUUAUUGUGAAAUAGUGUUUUACGCUAUUUAAAGCGUCGGAAAAUAUCGAAGAAUUAGAGAGGAUAUUUACUAGCGAUUUGAAGUCAGGAAAAUUAUAUUUAUAUUGGAUUAAUUAGAAACGAAAGUGAUACAUAUUGAAGAAUGGCAGAUGAAAAUGAUAUUAUUGGAAGUGCUUCCGAGUUCUUGAAAGAUCGACUGUACUUUGCUACUCUGAGAACGAAGCCAAGAUCUACAGCGCAUACACAUUAUUUUUGUGUUGAUGAUGAACUUGUGUAUGAAAAUUUCUAUGCUGAUUUUGGACCACUGAAUUUGGCACAGUUAUACAGAUAUUGCUGUAAACUCAACAAAAAACUAAAGUCUUUCUCACUUGCAAAGAAGAGAAUUAUCCACUACACAAGCUUUGAUGCCCGAAAGCGAGCGAAUGCUGCAUUUCUGAUCUCGGCAUAUGCAAUAAUCUAUCUGAAGAAAACUCCAGAAGAAGCUUAUAGGCCUUUAGUAGCUGGUUCAAAUCCACCAUUUCUGCCUUUUAGAGAUGCAUCGUUUGGGGCAUGUACAUACAACCUUACUCUUCUGGACUGUUUACACGGACUCAGUAAGGCACUGGCAAAUGGUUUCUUCAAUUUCGAAACAUUUGACGUGGAUGAAUAUGAGCAUUAUGAGAAAGUAGAAAAUGGUGACUUCAACUGGAUUGUGCCAAACAAAUUUUUGGCAUUCUGUGGACCGCACCCAAAAACAAAGAUUGAAAAUGGGUAUCCACUGCAUGCUCCAGAAGCAUACUUUCCAUACUUCAGGAAGCAUAAUGUGACCACCAUUGUUCGGUUGAACAAGAAGAUCUACGAUGCCCGGCGGUUCACAGAUGCAGGCUUUGAUCACUAUGACCUGUUCUUUAUCGACGGGAGCACUCCCAGCGAUAAUAUAGUCAGGCAGUUCAUAGAGUUAUCUGAAAAUGCAGAAGGUGCUAUUGCUGUACAUUGUAAAGCUGGUCUUGGUCGUACAGGAACAUUAAUAGCGUGCUACAUGAUGAAGCACUUCAAAUUCACUGCUGCAGAGUGUAUAGCAUGGUGCAGAAUUUGUAGACCAGGCUCCAUCAUAGGGCCUCAGCAAAACUUCCUAGAAGAGAAGCAAUCGCUAAUGUGGAUGCAGGGAGAUCUAUAUAGGGCUCGUACCAACGAUGACCGGCGGCGAGAGAGACACCACAGCGUGUCCAAGAUUCUAACUGCCGUCGAUGACAUGCGCAUUCAGGACGCCAUCGAGUUAGAGAAGUGUGACUACCGCUCAGAUGAGAAUGACGAAUAUAUGUACAGUGGUCCCAUUACGAGAGGCAGCAUGUUAGAAACUCAGGGUGACAAACUUAACCAGAUGAAGCUGCUGCGGCAACACCACUCUCGGUCAGCAACCACUGGAGCUUUAGGGCAUGAAGAUGGGAAAGGUCACAAAAGGUCGACCACCCAAGUCUACAGAGCAAGCGGUACUAAAAGUGCCCACUCCUCAGCGGCUCCCAUGUCUCCACUUAAAGCCUCAAAAGUUAGCACCGUCAUAAACAACCACGCCUCCUCUGUCAAGAGAAGUACCAGGCAUGGUACAGGCUCAUCUAGUGCCAAAAGAAAGUACCACUCGCAUACAUAUAAUCUGAGGAAAGCUCUGGCUGCUAGCUCAAGCCGAUAUGAUGACUACAUAGAUAAUAGGCCAUACAGCAAGGAUUAUAAAAGCAACCUGUACAAAACUUCUGAUGACUUGGCUCCCACUGGCAGUGAUUGGCCCUACAAAUUUCGCUCCUCCACAAUGAUGACUGGAAGCUUUGGGGGCAGAUCAGUUCCUCAUACUCGAAGUACUAAAGCAGCCGUGAUUCGAUGACAUCAAGGUGGAUUCAAAAUGUCCGACUAUCUGUGAUACAUACAUUAUCUUUGUGUCUAUGCAUUGCAGGCCAGAAAUUUUAAAGAAGAAAGGGGAAUAACUCUUGCACUAUGAAAGUCUUUUUAUGUUAUGCUUGAAAGGAUAGUGGAAAUUUACAUAAUCUACAUAGAAGAAUGAAAUAUGUCAAAUUGUAUAAAGGAACAGAAAAUUUGUCAAAUUUUGUACAUAUUAUUUAUUAUCUGAUUGAAAUAUACACCCGUUAAUGGAGUUUUGCACUGUAUAUUACGCUUCAUUUUUAUGUUCGAAAAGAAGAUAUCAUUAAUCUCUCUGUUUGAAAGUGAAUUUGAUUUUUAGUCUCCAGUACUCCAUCAUAAAUUUCUUACUAGAGAACAUUUCAAUACAAAAUCUCAUUAUACUAAUCUUGAUGAUGUUUUAUUGCGAACUUUAUGAAAAAAUAAUUUUUAACAGAAGUAAUAUUUCUUACUAGAGGAAAAUGAUGUCAGUAGAAUAAAAGCAAAAAAAAAAAAAUGUAUGUAGAAAUCCUGUCUUGACAAUAACACUCUUUUUGGUGGUUUUUAUUUGAAAUUAUGGUCUUAAGUCAUGUGGAAUUGUAUUUGAAGCCAGUCAAUGUGACUUUUAUUGUUGAAGAAUAUACCUCCAAAGACUUUAGUCUUUCAGUGUCAGAGUAAUGUAUUUAGCACUGUGUGUAUUUAUUGGUAAAAAAACUGCUAGUGCUGUUUUCUCUUCUUUUUUAAACUUUGAAUUUUUAACUUAUUUUUAUUGCCACUGUUUUAAACCAAUUCCGAUUUGAAAAGCAAAACAAAGAGUAUCUAAAGCAUAUUUCAUAUAUAUAUUAAGGGAGGUUCAAAUUUAGAUGUAUUUAAUGCCAUUUUAGAUUUGUUCUUAAUAUAAACUGAUUGUACUUGUUUUAUUCAAAGUGUUACAAAAAGUGUGUUUGCAUGAAAUCAAAUUUCUCAUCAAAUUUUACUAAAUGUGUAUAUCCUGUUAUUUAAAGAACAUUUUAAAAUAUCAUCAGAGAUGACCCUAUUUAUAGAACUUCAUGUUUACAUUUACAUUGUGUAUGCUUAUUUUUUAUAUAUCCCCUAUAGAAGUUAUAUGUAUUUUAGGUUUACAAACCACAGUGGCAGAUGCGAUUAGGGUGGUGUUUUAUCAGAAGUGACCUUACCUAUACAAAGGUCAUUUCUGGACAGUAUCAAAUAAAGUGGGGUCUUGUUUAUUGCACUGUUCUUUUGUGGUUUUAGUGAUAUUUUUUCCCUUGUUUUUCUCUCUCUCUCACAAUCACAGUCUGUUUUCGGAAUUCACAAUCACGUCCGUAGGAUAUAUCUAGAAUUUCGGGGUUUUUUCUAGCUGAAUAACUUGUGCUUAUUUACAUAUACAUAUAGCUACAUCUUACCAUUCUUCGAAACAGCUAGUCAGUUUCAAAGUUGGCAUCUUGUUUGGUUGUAACUUGGUGGGUACAGUUUCUGACUGUUGCACCGACAUCACAUCCAUUUCAUUGAACAUGAAAAUAACCUUGUUCGUUUAUUUCUGAGUCAUCCAUAUGUAAGAUAUA